AUGGUGUCAUUCAAACCAACCAUAAUCACUGCUUUCGCAGCGUUUCUUGCUUUUGGGAAUAUCUCACCUGUACUUUCUGCUGGUGGUAGUGGUGGUAAUGGUGGUAAUGGUGGUGGUCAUCAAGAGCAAAAUAAUGCUAAUGAUAGUAGUAAUCCCACCGGAGCCGGUGGACAACCCAAUAACGAAAGUAAGAAAAAGGCAGUAAAACUUGACUUGGACCUCAUGAAAGAAACAAAGAAUGUUUGCACCACUGUUAAUACUAAACUAGUCGGAAAAGCAAAGAGCAAAUUAAACAAAUUAGAAGGUGAAUCCCAUAAGGAGUAUGUAGCUGAGAAAACGAAGGAGAUAGAUGAGAAAAAUAAGAAAUUUAACGAGAAUCUUGUUAAAAUAGAGAAAAGGAAGAAAAUUAAGGUUCCUGCCGAUACUGGUGCUGAAGUGGAUGCUGUUGAUGAUGGUGUUGCGGGUGCACUAUCCGAUUUAUCCUCCGAUAUCUCCGCUAUUAAGACUCUCACCGACGAUGUAUCCGAGAAGGUUUCUGAAAACUUGAAAGAUGAUGAGGCCAGUGCAACAGAACACACUGAUAUAAAAGAAAAAGCCACCCUGCUUCAAGAGUCUUGCAACGGAAUUGGCACUAUCCUAGAUAAGUUGGCCGAAUAUUUAAAUAAUGAUACAACUCAAAAUAUCAAGAAAGAAUUUGAUGAACGCAAGAAGAAUCUCACCUCUUUGAAGACAAAGGUAGAAAAUAAGGAUGAAGAUUAUGUUACUCACUUUAGAGACAUGGCAACUGAGGCACAGAAUGCAGUCGGUGAAGUUAAGAAAGCCAUUGACGCUGUUGUUGCUCACAGAAAGGCCGAAAACCUCGAUGUGGAUGAUACACUCUUUUCAAACCUAUCCACUCUCCUUGAUACUAUUAUUGAAACAUCUAGGGCAUAUCUCCCAGGGGUUGCAUUCGCUUUGUUAUCCUCGGUCGCUAUGUUUCUAUUCUAA